AAUGCUGCGUUCCAGGCCUGUCAACCUGGUGGCGAAGCUACACCAUGUGGGUUAAGCCCUUCAACACGUCCACGUUGGGAAACCUCGAAAAGCUUUUCUGGGCUAUGGCGAGGCUUAGGGCCUUUGAACGCCGCGUCAUGUAUCGUGACGAAGCUUUCCUACUCGUAACGAGGCGUUUAUGGUAAGUAUCUCCAAAAGGAAAGGACAGCAGGACAGAAGAAAGGAAUGUAUAAAGGCAGUGAGGUUCAAAUCGACAUAUUGCUUUCUAUCAUCACCAUUUGACGUCUUAUAUCGGCUGCACAAGAUUCUUUGCCUUCAAAUUCAUCGCUUUACACUAUUUACCUGAUCUUUUUCUGGAACUGACAUUCCAACAUGGUUAACAUCGCCUCCAUCCUCGCCGGUGCUGCUGCAGCCACAUCCUUUAUCAGCACUGUAGCUGCUCAUCCUGGCGAGAAGCAUGAUCACGUCAAGAUCAAGCGUGAGAUUGACGUUCGUGGUCUGCGUGCAGCAGCAGCAAAACGCUCCUUGGCCGAAUGUCAAGACACUCUCAAGCACCGCAGCUUGAUGCGUCGUGCGGAGGCACGUCGUGCAAACACCUUGGAUGCUCUUCGCGAAAAGCGUGGUAUUACUGCGAAGUCCAAAAAGUACCGUCGCGACCUGGCCCUCCUCCAGGAGUUCGAGAACGUCAAUCACAAUAUGACGGGUGUGAUGAGUUACACACCCAACACUCUCGCCAGUGACAUUUUCGCUGCAAACACCUCCUGCAUCCUCUCUCCUGAAGUCACCGACGGCCCCUAUUAUGUCACUGGCGAGAUGAUCCGCAAGAACGUUGUCGAGAACCAAAAGGGCAUCGAUCUCUAUCUUGAAGUCCAAUAUGUCGACGUAAGCACCUGUGAGCCUGUGCCGCAGCUUUACGUCGACGUAUGGAACUGCAACUCUACCGGCUACUACAGCGGUGUCGAGUCCGGCCAAGGCGGUCUUAAUACUACUUUCCUGCGCGGAGUUCAAGAGACUGAUGCGGAUGGUGUUGUAGCCUUUGAGACUCUGUUCCCAGGUCACUACGAGGGUCGUGCAACACACACGCACCUCCUCGUCAAGACUAAUGUGACCGUUCGCUCCAAUGGUACCACCGGCUCCGAUGGUGCCGUAACUCAUAUUGGUCAGCUCUUCUGGCCUGAAGACCUCAAAUCCGCUGUCGAAGCUACGGAGCCUUAUGUUUCCAACACCCAGGCAUAUACUACCAACGAUGAGGAUAUGUGGUCUAUCGUCCAGACAGAUAAUGACUUCGACCCCUUCCCGGAGUACGUGUAUCUUGGGGAUGACGUGGAAGAUGGCUUGAUGGCAUGGAUACAGAUCGGCAUCAACUCUACAGCUGAUUAUACUGACGAUGAGUACUAUGCUGUUGCUGCGGACUAUCAAGCGGGUGGAGGAGUUGCGAAUGAGAAUGCUAUGGAUAUGGGUGGUGAAGGCGGUGCGGGGGGUAACGGAACUAUGCCGAGCGGAGCUAUGCCUUCUGGCGCUAUCCCCUCGGGCACAGCUCCGACAAGUUUGUAGGCCUUCUUGUACGAUAGCUCAUGGCUGAUAAGACGUUUGCCCUCAUAGCAGGAAGUAUUUAGAGCAGCCGAUACGCUGCACAACGAGCUCCUCUACUAAAUCAACUAUGUUAUCUGCGUUACCCGUCUUCUCUGAUCGCCUUUCUGAAGCUAUUUAUCCCCAGCGAUACCUUUCUUGCAAAUGUGGUGGUUGCUUUUACUUUCGCCGAAAGGCCAGUCCUAGACCACCAAAAGACAAUGAAAGACCGG